GCACUGGAGGGCGUGUCCCGCUUUGGGCCCCGCCCCGCCCAGAUGGGGAGGCCGGCGGGAGGGCCGCUGAGGGCGGAGGGCGCUCGGCGGGAGCGCAGCCGGUCUUGGGCUGGAUAAGCUUGGCAUUCGCUCUUCGGCUCUCCCGGGACAGGGAACCGCCGCUGCUGCCGCGGGCGCCCUCAGGUUGCAUGAUGGAAUUUGAAUGUUUUCCCAAGAGACUUUAUGUUUUGGAUCAGUAUUAUUGAAUUUGUGUAAUAUUGGAAACUUCUUCAGACUCUUUUUUGUGGUGUCCAUUUGAGACAUUUAACCCAAAGAGGCUGUACCAUGGACUGCAAAGAGAGCUGCCCAAGUGUUAGCAUCCCAAGCUCUGAUGAACACAGGGAGAAAAAAAAAAGGUUCACUGUUUAUAAAGUAUUAGUUUCAGUUGGAAGGAAUGAAUGGUUUGUCUUCAGGAGAUAUGCUGAAUUUGAUAAGCUUUAUAACACACUAAAGAAACAGUUUCCAACUAUGACAAUGAAGAUUCCUGCCAAAAGAAUAUUUGGUGAUAAUUUUGAUCCAGAUUUUAUUAAACAGAGAAGAGCAGGACUGAAUGAAUUCAUUCAGAAUUUAGUUAGACAUCCAGAGCUAUGCAACCAUCCAGAUGUCAGAGCAUUUCUUCAAAUGGACAGCCCACGACAUCAGUCAGAUCCUUCUGAAGAUGAGGAUGAAAGAAGUAUUCAGAAGCUACACUCUACCUCACAGAACAUCAACCUGGGACCAUCUGGAAAUCCUCAUGCGAAACCAACAGAUUUUGAUUUCCUAAAAGUUAUUGGAAAAGGCAGCUUUGGCAAGGUUCUUCUUGCAAAAAGGAAACUAGAUGGAAAAUUUUAUGCUGUCAAAGUAUUGCAGAAAAAAAUUGUUCUGAAGAGGAAAGAGCAAAAACAUAUUAUGGCUGAACGUAAUGUGCUCUUGAAAAAUGUGAAGCAUCCGUUUUUGGUUGGAUUACAUUAUUCAUUCCAGACAACUGAAAAGCUUUAUUUUGUUUUGGAUUUUGUUAAUGGGGGGGAGCUUUUCUUUCACUUACAAAGAGAACGGUCCUUUCCAGAACACAGAGCCAGAUUUUAUGCUGCGGAAAUUGCCAGUGCUUUGGGCUACUUACAUUCCAUAAAAAUAGUGUACAGGGACUUGAAACCAGAAAACAUUCUUUUGGACUCAAUAGGACAUGUCGUCUUAACAGAUUUUGGGUUAUGUAAAGAAGGGAUUGCUAUAUCUGACACAACUACAACAUUCUGUGGGACACCGGAGUACCUUGCACCGGAAGUGAUCAGAAAACAGCCCUAUGACAAUACUGUAGAUUGGUGGUGCCUUGGUGCCGUUCUGUAUGAAAUGCUGUAUGGGUUGCCUCCAUUUUAUUGUCGAGACGUUGCUGAGAUGUAUGAAAACAUACUCCAUAAACCCCUAAAUUUGAGGCCAGGAGUUAGCCUCACAGCCUGGUCCAUUCUAGAAGAACUUCUUGAAAAAGACAGGCAAAAUCGACUUGGUGCCAAAGAAGACUUUCUUGAAAUUCAAAAUCAUCCUUUCUUUGAAUCACUCAGCUGGACUGAUCUUGUACAAAAAAAGAUUCCACCACCUUUUAAUCCUAAUGUGGUUGGACCAGAUGAUAUCAGGAACUUUGAUGCAGCCUUUACAGAAGAAAUGGUUCCAUAUUCUGUUUGUAUAUCUUCUGACUAUUCUAUAGUGAAUGCCAGUGUUUUGGAAGCAGAUGAUGCAUUUGUUGGUUUCUCUUAUGCACCUCCUUCUGAAGAUUUGUUUUUAUAAGAGACAACAUUCAGAAAACACCAAGGAAGUACAAACCUAAGGAUCAAAGUGAAGUUUUUCUAUAUGGGAAAGUAUUCUGAAAUGUGUCUUAACUAGUGCCUCAUUUUUAUAUGUAAAGUUGGAAUCUUUGAAAACUUUUUUCUGCUGUACAUGAAAAAAAAAUAGGGCAUUUCAGAAAGUUGAAUUUAAUCUUUGUUACUCCUGCUUAUUAAGAUUAUUUUUAAAAAAAUACUUUACAAACUAUUCUUUACAUUGACCUGUUUUUAAGCAAAAAUUGUUUGCUGUUUACUGUUGUUUUUAGGUUUACACUAGUAUCUAUCCAGGAUUAGCUGUUUUCAACACCUAGAACAGCUCAGUAUAUUGCUUUUCAAUUCAAUCCAUCAUCCCUAUUGUGAUUUUUAGUGUUAUGUCAUAACUAUGCAGUUAUCUUUUGUAUUUGUUGUUGUUGGAAAAGAAAUAACAUAUUGCCAUACUAAAUCACUGUUUGAAAUCUGGAGUACUUGACAGUAUUAAAAUGGAAGUGCAUAGUUGGCAAAACAUGUCGGUUUAUAGUUUUGAUGACCUUUCAUUCUGCAGAUCUUUUAAGUUUUUAACAAAAAAACAUAGAAAAUACUUUGUCUUUAACACAUCGGAAUUCAAAUUAGCAUGAUUUUUUUUCCAUUCAAGAAACAGAAAAUAAACUGCUUGCAUUUCUUUAGCAUUCCAAAGAUUUAAACGACAGUCAAGUAUUGUGGAUUUUGUGCAUGUUACUGAAACAAUUCAUUUUUCUAUGUACUGUAUCAUGCAUUUAAAAUUUGUAUGUUCUCUGUUUUCAGGUUGUUAAUCUUUUGUCUUCGGCAUCUUUAGUACGGUAUGCAUUCAUUCUGAACCUUGGCAUUUGCUUUGAAAAUAUGUAAAUAAUUUUUUCAAAGCCAUUGUCUUAAUUAGGAGUUACAUAUGAGUAUUAAGUUUGCUAGAAUACUCAUUAGAAAUACUAAUUAGAAAUUUCAAAAAUUGUCUCAACUAUGCAUACUUUCUCUAUAGAUUGCUAGAUUGAUUACAAAAGCAUUUUGAGUAAAAUAAUCAUGUGCAACUUAACAGUUAUGAAAAACACAUGCUAAUUUGGCCUUCAUUUAUUUUAGAAAAGUACAGGGAAUCUAAUCUUUAUCCCAUGGCAUUCCCAACUUUUGAUCAUUUAAAAUUUCAGCACAAACUGACUACAAAUCUAGAAGAACUAGAAAAUACUGCUUAGAAGCUUGGAUUCCUAAUUAUCAGUUGGGGAGAAAUCUUUUUUGAAAACUUGCCAACAGUUCUUCAAAGUAUAUGAGAAACAUAAUUUAUAAAAGGGCUGACUUAGCAUACCAGUUCAUAUUCUUUGAGUGAACAUUUUUUUUCCAAAUUUUUUCUUUGAAAUAGUAAUCACAAAAAUAUUUAACAGUCGUUAAAAAGAUGCUCUGCAGAAUGAAAAGGAGUAAAAAGUUUCAUUCGAAGUGGUGGUAUAAGUAAGUAUACCUUAAAACUAAUUGCUUUCAAACACUGUAGCUUCCUAUAGAAGUAAUAAUUUAGUAACUACACUGUCUGUAAAUAUUUGUUUUGUCUGGCACUACUGUAAAUUCUGCUUUUACACAGAAGCUUUUUGUUUAUUGUAGAUCAAAAUAAAAACUGCAACAUCUUGCAGAAUUUGUUUUGAUUUGGCCACUCUUUAAAAACUAAACUGCCCAAAAUGGAAGUGCAAUAUUAUGUAUUUUGAAGAGGAGGUUAUAAAAGGUAGAAUUCUAAUGUUUCUCAGAUUACAGGUAAUGCAAUUGGUGUGUAAUAUAAAACAAAAUAAAGUUAUUGUUAGCCUUGUGACCUGUUGUUAACUCAGACUAAAAUUAAAUAUAAAUAUUA